GCGGGAUACGGGGUACGGCAAGCGGGAGGGUCAAACGGUCUCUUCGUUUCCCAGUUAGCGACGGACGCGGCAGCGGGCCGGCAUCGCGAGCGGUCCUGCCAUGACGGCUUUCGAGAAGCCUCAGAUCAUCGUGCACAUCCAGAAGAGCCUCAACUACACGGUGUUUGACUGCAAGUGGGUGCCCUGCAGCGCCAAAUUCGUGACUCUGGGCAACUAUGCCCGGGGCACUGGCGUCAUCCAGCUCUACGAGAUCCAGCACGGGGACGUGACGCUGCUGCGGGAGAUUGAAAAGGCCAAGCCCUUUAAGUGUGGAACAUUUGGUGCAGCAUCUCUACAGCAGAGAUAUUUAGCUACUGGAGAUUUUGAUGGAAACCUGAAUAUCUGGAAUUUGGAAGCUCCACUGAUGCCAGUGUAUUCUGUAAAAGGCCAUAACGAAAUCAUAAAUACUAUAGAUGGUGUAGGUGGCUUAGGAAUUGGGGAAGGAGCACCAGAAAUUGUAACUGGAAGCCGAGAUGGAACCGUAAAGGUAUGGGACCCCAGGCAAAAAGAUAUUCCUGUUGCUAAUAUGGAACCUGUACAAGGAGAAAGCAAGAGAGACUGUUGGACUGUUGCAUUUGGCAAUGCUUAUAAUCAAGAGGAACGUGUUGUAUGUGCUGGCUAUGACAAUGGGGAUAUCAAACUAUUUGAUCUAAGAAAUAUGUCGUUAAGAUGGGAAACAAAUAUUAAAAAUGGGGUUUGUAGCGUGGAGUUUGACAGGAAAGACAUCAGUAUGAAUAAACUAAUAGCUACUUCACUAGAAGGAAAGUUCCAUGUUUUUGACAUGAGAACUCAGCAUCCAACCAAAGGGUUUGCCUCUGUUUCUGAAAAGGCUCAUAAAUCUACUGUAUGGCAAAUCCGACACCUGCCCCAGAACAGAGAGAUCUUUAUGACUGCUGGAGGUGCAGGGGGGCUUCAUCUGUGGAAGUAUGAAUACCCUGCUCAGCGUUCCAAGAAAGAUUCUGAAGGAGUGGAGAUGGGAGUAGCAGGUUCAGUAAGUCUGCUCCAGAAUGUAACCCUGUCAACACAGCCCAUUUCCAGCCUGGAUUGGAGCCCAGAUAAGAGGGGUCUCUGUGUCUGCAGCGCAUUUGAUCAGACAGUGAGAGUGCUGAUUGUUACAAAGCUGAAUAAAGUGUGACCUAAGAACUUUGUACCUUGGAACUUCCCAGGAAAACAGCUUAGAGUUUAAGGUGUCUUUGUAAAAGGAUGAUGGUUCUGUUGUCGUCCACUGACACUCAUUGAGCAAAGCUGAAGCUGGCUGGUAUAGAAAAUAUAAACAAACAUGAAAUAUGGCUUGGGGGUUGGGCAUAUGGAAUGCAAAAAGGGCUAUGCUCUCUUCACUUGACUGACUGUUGACUUGCCUGUUGCAGAGCAUGGAAGUGGUGGGGCUCUACAGAUGAGUUGCUUCUAGAGCAAAGCAAUGUAUUUUUUAAAUUUCCAACAAAACAUCUUUAUUUUUUAUAAUUUUGCCUCUGUUAAAUGUGUUCCACAUUUCCAGAGUUCCAAGGUUUUCUUUGAUAACUUUAUUUCGUUGUGAUGUAUACAUUAUUGUAGUUGAAAUCAUUUCUUCUGGUUAAAAGAGUUUGCUUUGAAAAUUACCAUGAAUUAACCUUAGUAAACAUAUUCAGUCUGUGGCAUUUCAGUGUCAAUUUCUUUGCAGGAUAUUAUUUGGUAUUUAUUUUAUUUAUAAAAACCCACAAUAGGCUAAUAAUUUUUUACUCACCAAUACUAUUCAUUAAAUAUACUAUAAAAUAUUAGAAUUUGCAAAAAUUGCUUUUUACAAUUUAAUAAAGUUACUCUUAUUCUUGAAAGAUGAUAAAUUCAA